UUUUUUUUUUUUUAUUUUUACCCCUUCCUUAUACUUCUUACUCUCCGCUACCCCUCUCUUUCUCUCUUGCACUCUUUUCCCCUCCUCCUCCUCCCCCCCUCUCUCUCCUAUCUUUCUUCAUUCCAAAUGAUUAAAAAUACAUUAAUUAAAGCAGCUAAUUUACAGUUAUAUAAAACUACGUUAUCAAGACAAAGUAGAUUUUUAACAAUGUGCACGGUUGACAAACAGAAAUUAAUAAAUAAACAUAAUAAUAAUAAACCACAAUGGUUAUGGAUGCGAUCAUUUGUUAGUAUACCUGAAUCAGUAGUUAUCAAACCUGCCUCCGCAGAAGACGGGAUAGGUAUAACAGAGAAAGCUGUCAAGCAAUUAAAAAUAAUUCAACAAAAGGAAAAUGAUACCGAGCAAAUGUUGCGUAUUUUGGUUGAUUCAGGAGGCUGUCAUGGAUACCAAAAUAAAAUGGAAUUAACAAAGACAGUAGACGAAGAAGACAUUAUAUUUGAAAAAGAAGGUGUGCGAGUGGUGAUAGAUAAUGUUUCACUUCAAUUCUUGAGAGGAUCUGUACUAGAUUAUGUGCAAGAGUUAAUUGGAUCCACAUUUCAAGUAAUUGACAAUCCAAAUGCAAAGCAUAGUUGUGGUUGUAAUAUCUCUUAUGAUAUUGAUUUUGAUAAAAUACAACAAUAAAUAGAAUUUUUAUUACAAUAAUGAAAAAAAAAGGGGGGGUUUAUAAUUUGCAAAUAUUCAUAUUUACAAGCGUGAUAUUCUAGUUUAACAGAUACUCAACUAGAGAAAAAAAAACCCUCCCCCCCCCUAGAUAUAUGCAUGACUAGCAAACAGGCAGAACAAAAAUAGAUGUAUUAUAAAGCGCAGUAAAUAAAGUAUAGAUGUUUCAUUAUAGUGAAUGUUGCUUUAUUUACAUCUUGACUUUUUUUUUAAAUCUCCCCUCCCCUUUUUUUUUUUUUUUUUCUAGAAACAUAUUGGAUCAAGCUG